ACGGAUUUUGACAUUUUGACCAAUCCAGUACUAUGAUGAGACGCUGGACGUUCAGACAAAGGAGGAGGUGACAUCGAUGCUAAACGGGGCUAUGAGUGGACAUGCGUCUGUCAAUCAUGCCAGCUCAUCUCGAACUCCCUUCCAAAUGCUCAAACCGAUCUGCGUCGAGCUCAUGGGAUUGGUCUCCCAACCCGUCACAGCGUUCUCGCCUCAUACUCGACUGGUCAGAAAGCUUUCAGCAGACUUGAAGGGCGUCCCUCUAUCCCUUGGACUCAUCAAUUACGUUGUGUUCCCUAUCACUCAGAUCAUACGCCGCAAUGAUACGCUCCCAGGCAUCUUUCUCGAAGCGGUCUAUGCGCUCCUGGCUCAUGUCGUUGACGUGUGGAAGACCCUACCGGGAGGUAUGGACAAAGUAGCUUGGGAGCAGCUCUGGAGAUUCGUGGCUAGGCCAGUUCGAGGAGAGAAGGGCAAAGGCGUGGCCUCAGACGAGCAAGCAUUAGCUCUUCUGUCUGCUCUUCUAUCACCCACACACAGUCAUCCGACAGCCGCCAUGAGAGACCUUGUGAAAGACGCAAAAAGUCCUCUCAUGCCUACAUUAUUCCAGACUGUGACAAUGCUACUGGACACGCCGACACUGCCUUCAUUUACACUACUCAGGACAGUUUUGAAGACUUAUCUCGGUGGACAAGAGCGUGUUCUCGCCGCCCUGCUUCCUGGUACCGUGAGCUCCGUCGCCAGGGUCAUCUCCGACCUCAAGGGCGAUGUGACAGAACAAGCUUUGGGGCUAGUAGGCGAUGUUGUAUCCAUGACACUAGGCGACGAUUCACUCAAGCGAUUGGGCGUCCUCAAAGCGACGCUUGACGAUUUAUCACAGCUCGACGAAUGGUCUCCUGCACCAAGCAUCUCAUCAACUAACGAUCCGUUCCCUCCGCUCUCCGCCACGUACCUCGAAUUUACUUCUACUCAACUGGCCAAAGCCAUUUUACCGAUGCUGUCGCUAUCAUCCAGUGCGGUAUAUCAAGUCCGACGAGCAGCAGGGACGCUGGCUCUGAAGAUUCUCACCUCAUGUUCCGAAUCCCUACCUCUGCUCGUGCCUCAUUGUUUAACAACGGUAUUACUCCUCUCUCAGGAUGAUCUGAUCCCGAUGGAAACGCCCCUGGGGGAUCACGAGGCUGUCCUCCUGAACAUCUUGACCGACGCCAUUCAAACUUUUCCUCGCUUGGUGCUUUCGCAGCAGGACGACCAAGUGGAACGCUUGGCUAAAGUCGCUACAGCUAUCGCUCAGCUGUCUCCUAAACCGAUAAGUCAUCUCCUUGGGCCCAAUGGGCAUAUUGAACGUUGGAGCGGGGCAUUAUUGCAAUGUUUCGAAUUCGGCCAACCUUGGACCUGGAGAGAUGAGAAUGAGACGGCCAAGCGCUUGACAGAAUCAGCAUGGCAAGGGCCGUCUAUGACUGGAGGGUCCACGAUGCGUCUAAGACAUUUGGAAUCUGGGAAGACGUACCGAGCGAUCAAGACAAUGCUAGGUACGAUGGGUCAUGCCGCGGACGAUGCGGGAUUGCAUACUGUUGAAUUUCUGCUCAAAUAUCGAGGUAGCGUCGCGAGACGGGUCUCAGCCCUUUGGGUGGCGCAGCAAGUUCUCGGGGGCAUCGCAGAAGGCCAGGUCAGCAACGAGGGACGAGUUAGCCGUGCGACGCGAAAGAUGGCACGGGAGAUGGCGAGGACAGUCGGUGACGAGACUGGCAAAAUGAGCGAUGCCGAUGACAUGGAGGAUGUCCCCGAGCCGGAGAAUGACGCACUCGUGCCGGCAGAGCAUACUCGCGGUAUUGGCACUGUGUCCCUACUUUCUCGACCCAUAGCGACUCCCAAAGAGAAUCCUCAGCCGAAUCUUCUCGCCCAGCGGAGUCUUCUUUCAGCACUUUCGGUCUCCUCCCUCGCCCUCAGCUCGCAGCUUCUCGGCAGUCUAUUCCGUCCGCUACUACUUCACGCCCUUUACCACUUACUCGAGCAUCUAGCCUCACCGCAGGCGAUCGUGCAGGAGUCUGCGAACGAUGCGAUUCACCGGGUUGCCAGAAAUACGGACUACCCCAGCGUGCAGGUCAUGAUCCUUGAUAAUAGCGAUUAUGUUAUCCACGCGGUCUCGCAACGACUCACUCAUGCGAGAUUAUCAUCCACCGCUCCCUUGGUCCUGAUUGCCAUGGUUCGUUUGGUCGGUGCCGAAAUCGUCCCCAUGGUCCAUGAUAUUGUUGACGAAAUAUUUGACGCACUGGACGAUUUCCACGGAUACGAGACAUUGACUUCGGGCUUAUUAGCUGUGUUAGUCGCUUUGAUCGAAGUCAUGGCGGAUGAGAAUGAGGCAGAUGGCGUGAGCGAGGCGAGAGCGAAGAAACUCGCAGAGAUGAGAAGAGUGGAGAAGCCGCCGGAUCCACAGAGAGACUUUGAUCGAUUUGAAGAAUGGUUCCAGAUGCGAAAAAGGCUCAUCCAGGAAGAAUUGGACAUAUUGGCGGAGAACGUCGCUGCUGGAUCUCAGACAGAGGCGCAGACGACAGCAGAACCUCAAGCGCCUGAAGAGAUCCCUCCAACUCGCGGACAGGAGGUCUGCGCUCAGAUUGUUGACAAAUCCCUUCAUUUUGUCUCACACCAUUCACCCUUUCUCCGAGCCCGCGUCCUCGCUUUAAUCACCCGCGCUGUGCCUGUCCUGGCGAUGGGUAAUCGAGAGGGCGAUCUCUUACCUCUCAUAGAUCGCUCGUGGACUAUCAUCCUGAAUCGCCUCGAGGAUCUCCCGUACGUGGUCACUGAGGCUGCCCAGCUUGUCGCUGCUUUAUGCCAACACUGCGGCGAUUUCAUGGGUCGUCGAGUUCUGGAUCAAGCGUGGCCAAAGAUGAAGAAGAUUUUGGAGGUUCAGCAAAAGGCUGAUCAUUUCUCUGCAAUGAUCGGGAGCGAGUGGACAGUCUCGUUCCGACUACACAUCGCGAUUCUCAACACCGCCAAAUGGAUUGUGGAAGAGGUCCCUGUCAACGAUUCGCUCUUGUGGGAGAUGAUGGUGCUCUUCCGACCUUUGCUUGAUCGAUGUGCACCCCAAGGGAUCCAAGACAAAGCGAUGGAAGUAUACAAAUGCUUAGGCGAGCGAGAUGGAGAUGCGCUGUGGUGUGUUCUAGCAGGACAAGGGAUGUGGUCAUACCUCGGCAAGACGGAUGCCCCGUCGUUGCUGAACAACAUAUAA